UUGUAUCGUUAUUAUUAAAUACUCGUUGUCACUUGCGCAUCCGCAAAGCUAAUUACGGUAUUUACGAACUUGUGUUAUUGUUCAAUUACGUAUUGUAUAUAUUUAAUUUUGCAUUUCAGUGAGAAUUGGGUGGAUAUCUGCUAAAUCGAAUUCAAGCUCAAGGUCCAAGUCAAGACAGUUACUUCACUUGUUAGUUGGCAGUCGUCCAGAGCAGAUAUGUCGAAAGCUGGUCAAGUAAUCGAGUGCCUCGCGGCGGUCGCGUGGGAAGCCGGCAAGCCGCUGUCAAUCGAAACGGUCGAAGUGGACCCACCGAGAGCCGGAGAAGUGCGAAUUCAGAUUACCCACACUGGAGUGUGCCACACCGAUGCCUACACUCUCUCUGGAAGCGACCCGGAAGGUGUGUUCCCCGUCAUUUUGGGGCACGAAGGCGGUGGUAUUGUGGAGAGCGUCGGCGAGGGCGUCACCAGCGUGAAGCCCGGCGACCACGUCGUGCCGCUGUAUGUGCCACAAUGCAAAUCGUGUAAGUUCUGCUUGAAUCCCAAAACUAACCUGUGCCAGAAAGUGCGCAUCACCCAAGGACAGGGUGUUAUGCCCGAUGGCACUCGCCGUUUCCGAUGCAAGGGGAAGGAGCUGUACCACUUCAUGGGAUGUUCAACAUUCAGCCAGUAUACAGUAGUUCUAGAAAUUUCUCUUUGCAAAGUAGCUGAUAAUGCCCCGUUGGAUAAGGUCUGUCUGCUUGGCUGUGGAGUCCCAACAGGGUAUGGUGCUGCACUGAAUACGGCAAGUGUCGAGCCAGGCUCAAACUGCGCAAUAUUUGGUCUUGGGGCUGUUGGACUUGCUGUAGCCUUGGGUUGCAAAGCAGCUGGAGCCAAACGUAUCAUUGGUGUGGACAUCAAUCCUGAUAAGUUCGAGGUUGCAAAGAAAUUUGGAGUCAAUGAGUUUGUCAACCCAAAGGACUAUGACAAACCGAUACAACAAGUGUUGGUUGAUCUUACUGAUGGAGGUUUGGACUAUACAUUUGAGUGCAUUGGUAAUGUAAACACAAUGAGAGCAGCUCUAGAGGCUUGCCACAAAGGGUGGGGUGUCUCUGUCAUCAUUGGAGUUGCUGCUGCUGGCCAAGAAAUCAGCACUCGGCCAUUCCAGCUGGUGACUGGACGUACCUGGAAGGGAACAGCUUUUGGAGGCUACAAGAGCCGUGACAGUGUACCAAAGCUUGUAGAUGAGUACCUUGAGAACAAACUGCCUUUGGAUGAAUUUGUCACUCAUAAUGUCCCACUAAAGGAAAUUAAUGAAGCAUUCCACUUAAUGCACGCUGGCAAGUCCAUCCGUGCUGUGGUCAAUUUGUAAAUUGUAUGUAGUGAAGAUAUUUUUCUAUAAAUGUAUGUUUUCCACAUGUAACUCAGCAUUUUAAUGCACUUGUUUUCUGUUAAUGUUUAUAAAUACAUAUUUAUGAUAUAA